UAACUUUACAGUGAUUUGAGCGUAAAAUAUAUUUCGAAAUGGCUGAAUAGACUCGAAUGUUAAAAUGACGACGCCGCCGACAACGUGCAAGGCACUUGUAAAAGAUUAUUGCGAAAACUGUACAUUUGCUGGAGUACACUUUAUUGCUGACGAUACGAAACAUUGGUUUGAGAGAUGGUUCUGGUUGGCCCUAGUGAUUCUCUCGUGGUACGGUUCCGCUAUCCUGAUCAUAGCAGCAUGGGAUGCGUUUCGGGACAGCCCCAUCAGCUUCGGCUUGGAGACCACGUACACCAAGUGGGACACGGAACUGCCCUCGGUGGCCGUGUGUGAGGCCGCUAAUGAUGAUAAACUUUUCAGCGUGUGUGAUGCUAUUUGGCCUCCGGACCACCUUUUGGAUCUAGAAGACGCCUUAAAGGACAUCACCUACUUCCGUGGAAUUUCGUACAGUCUCACCGAAGUAUGUGCUAUCGAAAAGCCUGACCCUGGGUGUAUAUUGUCUAAUUACAGCUACUACGCCAGUUUGAUACGCAGUACAUGCCCAGAAUUCAUAGUAAACUGUUCUUAUAACGACGUGCCUUUCGACUGUUGCGAAUACUUCCAGCCGAUAGAAACUGACGUGGGAACCUGCUUUAUCAUUAAUUCCAUUCAAACUCAGAAACCAAAACCAUUUCCGAUGGUAAGCAAUAUGAGAAAUAAGCGGUCAAGCAUCAAGUUCGAAUUGUUAUUGCCCUCAACGAUGUACACAUUGGGGAAUGAUGAGGUACCAAGUAUUACUACGUUACAGUCAUCUACUAUGAAAAUUCAACUCGGACAUAAAUAUAGUCGCCAAGUCGCAGUGCGGGAUAUCGAGAAUGACCCACUAAUAGUAGAGACGACCACAGAGCAGCGAGCUUGUAGGUUCCACGAAGAGAAUGAGGACGGCCUGUACCCGCACUAUUCCUACAGUGCAUGCACCGUGCUGUGUCGGAAACGAGCGCAGAUGGACAUUUGUAAAUGCAACGAUCAUUUUAUGCUUGGCACGCCUGAAUCAGAUCGCUGCAACAUAUCGGGUCUCGCAUGCAUUCACGCGAACGCCAACUAUCUAACCACCCUCAAACCGCACUGGGCCACCCGACCGGGGCUCUCUUGUGACUGCCUCCCAUCUUGUGACGAGACGGAGAUCACCAUCAUUAAAGACGUUGAUACGUCGCAUCGCUCAAAGAAGGAUAAGAAAAAAGCAUCGGUAGAAAUGGUCUUAGCUUACUUGCCCACUGAAAGGUACAAACGGAACGUCGUAAGGAGCCGCCUUGACCUCGUCGUAUCCGUCGGCGGAACAACGGGUUUGUUCGUCGGAGCCAGCAUUAUAAGCUUUGUAGAACUGAUUUGGUAUUUCACCAUUCGGUUCUGCAUAAACAUCUGGCUAGAACGGCGGGCAAGAAGAACUACUGCCGUACUGCCCCAAGACACUGAAAUAGUGCGGAUUGCGGAUAAUAGAGAGAAUGAUAAUGAACAACGUCCGUAUACUAGCAGCGGAGUCCCACAGUCCCAAGUAGAGUAUGACAAAUUUUAUUCGCAAUCGAGUAACAAAUAACAAGUUACACCUAAUAGCAUAAGAUUGCCUACCGCUUUUUAUAAAUACAUAACUAUUUGUCGAGGAUGAUGGGCAAAAUGGCUAGUGUAGUAGCUUAAACAUUUGUGUGUAGACAGAUCCUUCAAGAAGCUUUCGAAGCAAAAAAACCAGCAAUUAAGUCCCACAAUCCCGUGUCCAGUAUGAAUUAAUUUUAUUCACAAUCGAUCGAACUGUUGUUAUAACUCUGUUGAGAGAAGCUGAAACUUUUGCGCGCUUAGAAUUUUCUGCCUCUAACUUUGCAACGUCUCAUUUGUGUGAAACAUUGUUUACAUCGUGGCUUCACAUUCCUAUGCCGUGGGUAGAAAUGUUGCAGUUGUUGGCGUAUCGGUCGGCAUUUACGCGUUACUGUAAAUAUACUAUGUAAGUUAAAUAUCAAACUUGGAGGAAUAUUAAAGAAGAAAUAAUAAUGUC